AACUUUUGAUAUGAGUCCGGGUCAAUUGAUACCUGUUGUUUAGAGGGUUGUUGGUAUGAUAGAUAAAAUUACAGCCCAUUGGAAGGAGAAUGUGAAUGUAGCUGAUUUUAUUAGGUCUUUUGAGCUUAGGAAGACAUAUUUAGAUAGAGUGACGGUUUAUAAGAGGUCCUCUACUGAUCCUCCUCCGAUCAUUGGGUAUGAAAUAACCGAUCGAGGAUGGAAAUCAAGGGAUUUUUUUGCUUUAAAGGAUUCGUUGGGGGAAUCUGCAAGAUGGAUGAGAAGCGGUUGGCACACAGGUUUGCGCUUGGAUGCAAUUAAGCCUGAAGACGGUUCACAGGAGGAAGUUGAGGCUUUGUACCGGUUUCUUAUUGUCGACAGAACGUUUAGUGGUGUAACUGUUCCACCUUCAGCUGCUAGUACUUCUAUGGCUUCAGGCAGAGGUCCUUGCAUGUGCGAGGAAAAGAAGAAAGGGUGAUUCUAAGGAUAAGUCAGGCGAAGCAUCUUUUCAAGUGAUGGAAGACGGCCCUUCCAAGACGUUGACUGAUACAAGCAUGCAGGUUCCUCCUAAGAGACACCGCUUAACCAGGUCUAACGCUCCUACGGCUUCGGUUAUCUUGAUGGACACUUAUGAUGUCAGUUUUCGAAUUGACUUUCUAGCUGAUGAGGACUAAUAAUGAGAUUUGGCCAGCUGCUGGGAAGCUUUUGUUUCCAGCUGCUAAGAAGCACCUGGCCAAGCUAGAUGUUCCUAGUACUCUGGCAGAUGGGGCUCAGCUGAUUUUUCAAGUUUAUGGGUUUUAUUUGAUAUGUAGAUGAUACUUUUGGCUUGGUAUGUUACUAAUAGGAAUUUUCGUGAAACAAGUUCUUUAGAAUGUUUUGUCUUCUAAGAGUUAUGUGGAAGACACCACGAGGAAGCUGAAGAGGGCUGGUAGUGCCAAGAAGGACCUAUAGUCUCGGAAAGAUGCAGCUGACAAGAAGGUGGUAGAGCUUACAACAGCCUUGGAACAGCAGAAGGAGUUCAAGGAAAGGCAUGAAAAAGAAGGAUGAGGAAGUGAAUCUUCUUUCUGAUGGGUGGUGCUUCUGGAAGAGGAAGCCAAGGAUAUUGAAGCUGAUGUAACUCUGAAGCCCAAGGAUCAUUUGGCUAAUGGGUUCCCGCUCAAGAGGUAUGAUGAUGAGAAAGGGAAGAAGAAGCUGCAGCAGAUGGCCUGGUGGAUGACUAUCUGCUUGUUGGCAACAUUAAGGACCUGGUAUCUGAGGAACCUAAGGGUGAUGAUGUUGAUGCUGAAAAGCCUGCUGCUGAAUCUUUGCUAGGUCACAACGAAGAACACCCAGUUGCAGGUGACGGUGGUGAAAAAGAUGGACCUAAGGCUUAGCUCUUUGUUGCUUAUGUUUUCUUUGGUAUUAGAACAUUGAUUUUGUCUUUUGAACUUGUGUUUUACUUUGCUUAUGGGAGCAAAGGUUUUUAUUUGUUAGCUUUUCUUGUGACCUUGAAUGUUUGAUGCUAGGUUCUUUUGAAUAAAUUAGACUUUGGCUUUA